GAAGGGAAGCAAAAGGCACCAACAUCCCCUACAGAAUAUCCCCACACCAUGCCGCCGAAGGAAGGAAAGACGAAGAAGGCGAAGAUGGCCGCGGCCAACAACUCCAGCAAGCGUGCGACGAAGAAGUGGAACAAGGGACAAACCCGCGAGGCCCUUCAGAACGCGGUGAUGUUCGACAAGGACACCCUCGAGAAGCUCCGCAAUGAGGUCCCGAAGUACAAGCUGAUUACCCCCGCCAUUAUCUCGGACCGGCUGAAGAUCACCGUCUCCCUCGCCGCCGCGGCCCUCAAACAGCUCUGCCGGGAAAAGCAGAUCCGCCUGGUGUCGUGCUCCAGCAAACACCGCGUGUACAGCCGCGUUGUUGUCGCUGCCGCCCCUUUGGAGGCCUCCAGCUAAAGAUGGCUCUGCAAGAGAGAAGAUUAGCAGUCUUCAGGAAGAGGGGGAUGUGAACACGGGAGGGAGAAAAGGUUUAUCAUUUUAUUCCCCCCUCCCCCCUUCUUCUUUAAGUCCUCUGUCAUUUUAAUUGCCGUCUGACAAUGGUUAAGUGGUUUCCCUCUUACUGUAUUUAUUCUCAUUUUUAAACUAAAAAAAAAAAGAAAAAUGGGCAAGGAUGUAACAUCCACGGCUUUUUUAUACCCUUCCUAUUUUAAUAUGACCGAUCAAUAA